UGCGUGUCACUUCCUUCCUCGUAGAUUUGAAUAGACGAGCCGAGGCCCUUCAGGCUGUGCCGAUUCAGAGCGCUGCCUGUCAAGCGUCGAGCAGCACAGCAAGCCGGACGCACACCGCCCCGAGGAACGGAAACCGAGCCCUCCGCUGCCAGAGGCCAUCGUCAGCUCCCUCGCCGCAUCGCUCAGUUUUAGGGUCCACCACUGAUUCCAGUCGCCAACAUGACCGCCCCACCGAUCUCAGCUGAGGAGAUGGAGGAACUCAGAGAAGCUUUUGGCAAAAUCGACGUGGACGGCAACGGGUUCAUCAGCAAAGACGAGCUCACCGAGCUCUUCAGGGCCGCCAACCUGGCUCUGCCGGGAUACAAAGUCCGAGAGAUGGUCCAGGAGCUGACCAAGACCAGCGACAGACUCACCUUCGAGGAGUUCACUGAAAUGGUCCAUGGUCUGAAGAGCAGCGAGGUGGCCAAGACAUUCAGGAAGGCCAUCAACAAGAAGGAAGGCAUCUGUAACGUGGCAGGAACUUCGGAGCAGUCCGGCACUCAGCACUCGUACUCAGAGGAGGAGAAGGUGGCCUUUGUGAACUGGAUCAACAAAGCUCUGGAGAAGGAUCCAGACUGUAAACAUGUUCUCCCCAUGGAUCCCAACACCAACGACCUGUUCACCGGCAUGGGAGAUGGAAUCGUCCUCUGUAAGAUGAUCAACCUGUCCGUCCCCGACACCAUCGAUGAGAGGACCAUCAACAAGAAGAAGCUCACUCCUUUCACCAUCCAGGAGAAUCUGAACCUGGCUCUGAACUCCGCGUCGGCCAUCGGCUGCCACGUGGUGAACAUCGGGGCUGAGGACCUGAAGGAGGGCCGGCAGCACCUGGUCCUGGGUCUGCUGUGGCAGGUCAUCAAGAUCGGGCUGUUUGCCGACAUCGAACUCAGCAGGAAUGAAGCUCUGAUUGCUCUGCUGCGGGACGGCGAGAGUCUGGAGGAUCUGAUGAAGCUUUCCCCAGAGGAGCUGCUGCUGCGUUGGGCCAACUACCACCUGGAGGAGGCCGGCUGCGCAAAGAUCAACAACUUCAGCUCCGACAUCAAGGACUCCAAGGCGUACUACAACAUCCUGAACCAGGUGGCACCCAAAGGAGACGAGGAAGGAGUUCCUGCCAUCGUCGUCGACAUGUCAGGAGUCAGGGAGAAGGAUGACCUGAAGAGGGCCGAGUGCAUGUUGGACGAGGCCGACAAGCUCGGCUGCAGGCAGUUCGUCAUGCCCGCAGACGUCGUCCGUGGCAACCCCAAGCUCAACUUGGCCUUUGUCGCCAAUCUGUUCAACAAGUACCCAGCUCUGAAGAAGCCAGAGAACCAGGACAUCGACUGGAGCUCCAUCGAAGGGGAGACCAGGGAGGAGCGAACCUUCAGGAACUGGAUGAACUCUCUGGGAGUCAACCCUCGCGUCAACCAUCUCUACGCAGACAUCGAUGACGCCAUGGUCAUCUUCCAGCUAUACGAGAAGAUCAAAGUACCAGUAGACUGGGACAGAGUCAACAAGCCUCCCUACCCGAAGCUCGGCAGCAACAUGAAGAAGCUGGAGAACUGCAACUACGCAGUGGAGCUGGGCAAAAAGGAGGCCAAGUUCUCCCUGGUCGGCAUCGCGGGUCAGGACCUGAACGCAGGAAACCGAACCCUCACCCUCGCUCUGCUCUGGCAGCUGAUGAGGAGGUACACCCUGAACAUCCUGGAGGACCUGGGUGACGGACAGAAAGUAGUGGAUGACACCAUCGUGUCCUGGGUCAACGGAACACUCACCAACGCUGGAAAAGGCACCAUCUCCAGCUUCAAGGACAUGUCUAUCAGCAGCAGCAUGCCGGUCCUGGAUCUGAUCGACGCCAUCCAGCCCGGAUCGAUCAGAUACGACCUGCUGAAGACCGAAGACCUGACAGAGGAGGAGAAGCUCAACAACGCAAAGUACGCCAUCUCCAUGGCCAGGAAGAUCGGCGCGCGGGUGUACGCGCUGCCUGAGGACCUGGUGGAGGUCAAGCCCAAGAUGGUGAUGACGGUGUUCGCCUGCCUGAUGGCGCGCGGCAUGAGGAAAGCCUAGAGACCCGACGCAGCGUUUCACCCCUGACCCGACACGUCCACACUCUGAGAGCAGAGGGGGGGGGGGGGGGGGGGGGGGCAGCUCUCUUCUCUUCUUUUCUUUCUAAGCAGGGAGGCUGUGGCGCUUUUCAACGACAGUCUGUUACAUUUUGGUACACGUAGUUUUACAAAUGUCAAGCCUUAAACUCAGACGAGAGCUGGAUGAUUUCUGUCUCUCUGAGGGAUAUAAAGUCCUCUUUUAACCAUCUGUACAACUCUAUAAGACGCUGCCUCGAACGUCCAGAACAAAGCAGCUCUACCCGUAAUCCGACCGGUCCCGGUACCUGAUCAGCAACAGGCGACUGGCGGCCCCGAUGCUGCCUCAGGCAUAAAUUAGAGGCUUCAAAUUAAAACUCAGUAUUAUUUAUUGUGUCUGGGUCCAGCUGCUCUUCAGGUGCCAUAUUAGCUCUUUGAAUAUGAAGAAUUCCUGCUUCCACGUCAUUUCACUAAAUCUCAUUUUUGGGUUCCUGGAGCCUCGUUGUGACUGGGUUUACCUCCCGCUCACUCCUCUGGAACGUAACGUGCCGUUUCACUCAGCUGAUUGAACUACAGCUUUGUCUCAGAUGUAUAAACCAAAUAAAGAGAUUUUUUUUAAAUUA